AUGGAAGAGGAGGGCAAAGAGGGCGAACGCCGUGUACUCGCUGCUUCCCACCCAACGCGCUCCUUCACCCCUACCCACCGCAUCCACCCUCCAGCCAGCACGGUGGAUUCCGACAGCGACUCGGUCCAUACCACCCCCUCUCUCCGCGGCGCCGCCCACACCGAUCCCACUGCGGGCAAGCCUGAGGUAGACAACCGCUUCCGCCUGGACCACAGCCUCGGCAGCAACACCACCGCUCGCGCCCCCGAGUCCCCACCGCCCUUCGCCUCCCACAACUUCCCCUCGCGCUACUUCCCAGCUCCCUCGCCCGCCGACCCCUACCGCGCUCUCGUCACCACCGGCAGUGCCUCUGACACCCUCACUGUACUCGCACCGAGCGGGCCAGUUCCAUCCUUCGAAGAGUCGCAGGCUGCUCAAUCCUCAACAGCCAGCUCAGUUGUCGCUGAGACCAAAGCUGCGCUUCCUCGAGACACCAAAGACGGGCAGGGUAGCAAAGAUCUUGACGACGGAGAGCCACCACCACCAUACACUGAAGGAUCCAGUCCGCUCGAAGGCUUCACGUACGUCAUGGCGGCAGCGGGAGGUGCUACUAGCAUCAUCACGCAGGUGCAGCAAGGUGGACCAGCUCCGAUCAACACAGCGUUGGGUGGCUCGGAUGAGAACAUCACCCUGGAACUGCGGUAUGGACCAGCCAUCGCUAUAAAACAGUCGUUCAAUGCUAACAAGAGCAGAGGCUCGCGCUUCACACUGUCUCGUGAUGAGCUGUUGACCCUACCGGAGUUUGUGCUGCUCUCACUCUUCCCCAACGGCCUCCUGCCAGAAGGCCACAUGAACAGCCACUAUGACGGUGGCGACGUCUACCCAGUCGACGUAAGCAGCACUACCCGCCAAACCACCAUCCAACAAGUCCCCUCCAGACAUCCUGUCACUCUGCAGCACAUCACUCAUAUCAUGACCAACCAAGAUGUAUAUUUAUCUGACAUCAUCUACCCUUCACAGUACGACCCCAUCUCCCUACAGUACAUGCUCGAGUUCUUCCGCAAUGUCGCCCAAACCAUUCCGCAAAACUCUGCUUCCGACCCUGAGCAACAAGAUCCGUCUGCGCCGAGCACCAUGCCGAUCGAGCCAAUGCCGGGUAAUGCACGCGACAUGCUGCAGGACCGCGCCGGCAUCAUUGUGUUGCGAGAGGAUCUGGACUUUUACGCCAUCCCACCGCGGAAAGACAUCGAGCAGCCCGAAAUGAUCGAAAUCAAGCGGGCUGCUGGCAAAGCACUGCUGGGCCAAGAUGGCAUCUUCUCUGGUUUGAGGAAGAGCGAGGAGCCGGGAACGACGGAGCAGCAUUUGAUUGAAAUGCUCACUGCUGGGGGCUUCGACCACUCCGACACUUGGGGCCACCGUGCCGCCGAGCCGAACAAGGCCGUCAUCUGCUCCAUUGCUCUCGCCCGCCUGCGCACCGACAUCCGCGGCGAAGCGGCGAACAGCAAUGCCGUCGGCAUGGCACAGAAGCUUCUGCUCUUCUGGCGAAAGCCAGCGCGGAGAUGUUGGUGGGAAGGCGUCGAGCUCGACAAUGUGGAGGGCGUGGAGGGGAAGCUGAAAGUUUGGAUCAGGAGGGUUUGGACGCUUGAGAUGAGCGUUAUUGGUCUGCGAUAA